AAGUGAACGCACGGACGGAACGAGUUUUCUCGUCGUACCCUGUGACUGGAGUUCAGCAUCCUCCGAGGCUGAAGGCAGUGAAUAUUAGCGUUGUUUUCGCCCUUUGGAAUUGAUUGAAACCUGCAGCCAGUGAAACAGGGUGUGUGUUUGUGCGCUCCUCCUCUAAUGCGAUAAUUAACGGCAAUCUAGUCGGCCACCACCUCCUCUCUUGGGACCGAGUAGAGCGAAAGAAACACACGACAACGCAAAAAAGGCACAAAACAUUAACCAUCUAGUAGUGACCGUGCGAAAAAGGAAACAGUGCAGUGUUGGAUAGUUUUUGUCGGUGACUGUGUUGCCCGCCGCGACGACGUCAACCGGUGCAUUUCCAUCCCGAAGAUCAUCUCAUCCUGUGCAUGGUGCAUUAGCUUUGUACGCAAAUAAAGCGCAAAGGUUCACCGCGCGAGUGCGCCGAAGGUCUGAAAACACCACACACAGCCGGCCGGGCCGUGCAUGUGUGCUGAGCAGCCAAUUGCGCCGCGUCGUCCAGAGAAAGUACGCACGGCACGGACCCAGGGACGGAAACGACUAGAAAACGCGGGCGAGAAAGUGAAUUAUAUGCCCCGGCUCGACGGCUCCUGCCUCAUCACUGGGACGGUGGUAUAGGAAAGUGGGCGACCGAAGGAAGCAGCUUGAGCCCAUUGGUCCUUGGUCUGCUUGGCCUCCUAUCGGUAGUCCACGGUUUGCUAUCGAUUCAGUAAACAAGCCGCUCCCCAAGGAACCAUUAUAUCGCGCGCGUGAGGGACAGGCUUCCAGAGUAGCCAGCGUUGUCAGUAGCCCCAGCAAAGUAUGCCGUUCAUCUCGAAGGACUGGCGUUCGCCGGGCGACUCCUGGGUGAAGACGGACGAAGGCUGGGAAAAACUGAAGGUGCUCGAGUGCGUCAAGCGGAAAAGAUGCAUUUCGGAGUGCAGCAACUCUAGCGAUACCGAAAAUGACAACGAAAAUGGUGACCAAGAGAUACCUCCGCACUGUCACAUCACGCUCAAGUGUACCCGCGAGAUUGCCGGCUUCAACGGGCUCGGCGAGGCCGUUCGGCGGUUGGACUUUCGCAGCUCGGUCCGCGAUGGUCGCCGGUUUAACUACGUUUGUGCGCUGCUACGGCUGCUGGUGUCCGGGCGAGGGAUCACCAGUCUGCCCGGUGGUGCCCAGCGCCUGUUGCUGCAGAUGCUCGAGGAGGUGGCCACGUACGUAAGUGACUCGCAGCAGAACAUCAACGUGCUGCGGGGCCUGGUGCAGCAGCUGCGCGCGCUGCUCAACCAGGAGAACCAAAAGUGUUGGGGAAAACCGCUCGGCAGCCAAAGCUUGUGGGCCGAACACGUGCAAACCAUCCAGCGCAUACAGGACAUAGCUAGUCAGAUUGAAAUUCGGGAGCCCGGUCCAAACAUUCGUCCUAAACUACACGACCUGCCGGAGGAGUGCGUGCGGGAGAUCAUCCUGCGGAUCACCGACUACAAGGACUUGGAGGCGUCCGCAUCCGCCUGGUCGCUGAUGGCGGCCCUCAUCUCCGAGCAGCGCGUCUGGCGCGAGCUGUCGCACUUUCACUUUACCAAACAGCAAAUCGAUGUGAUACUGGAGAAGAUGUGCUUACAGGACACGAAGGAGCGCCACCGGAACUGGCAGGCCAUUUACCAUGCCUUGCGAAAGAUGUAUGGCGUGCCGGAAGAGCUGCAGUUUGCCGAAAUUCUAGCCUUCUGUCGGCUGUGUCGCUGCCUGUUUUGGCCAUCCGCUGGCCACCCGUGCAUCGUUGACCAGUGUCCGGACUUUCGGCAGCGCGUCGAGGAGGCGGGCAACAGCAACAUCAUCGAAACGCAGCCGGUUCCGCCGGCGAAAUUUUUGCAAUACUUUUCACUGUAAAGCCGCGGAACUCGGAGUGCACGCACCGGCUAGGCUAGUUUUCGUCCCAAUUCGUUGCUGUUCGUUACGCUGUGGCCGGCGUUUUCUGUGUGUUAGAUGCUGAUUAGCAGUGUAACGAUAACAAACAUUGAGCCGGACGCCCCAAGGGACCUUUGGCUUUGGCCUGUUGAUUUCCUUGUUUUCGGCGAAGCAACACCCGGGAGCAGAAGAAACCGAGAAGCGCAUUAUGCAGAAGAAAACUGUGUUGUUGAUAGAGACAGCAGAAUUGGCAAAGUGUGGCGCAUAGCAUUGAUCAAUGUAAUCCCCUUCCCCUUGAUAGUGGCAACACUAUAUCUGAGUAGAGCAUACAAUAUUAGUAUUUAAACUAUCAAGAUAUGAGCAUGAUGCAAUGGGCAACAAACACACACAGGACUGUAGCAAAGUGAGAUUCCGAGCAAAACCAAGAACGCAGUUGAUCGAUCGAACGAUCGAGGCGGAAACAUGGAAACGCGUGCAGAAACCGCCAGCCGAACCGGUUAUUACAUAGCUAUAUACAUAUAUAUAUUCAUACAAAAAGAGAGAUAUUUUGAAGGCAUAAAAUCAGACACACACAAGUGCGCGCCAGCAUUCGAACUGUAUUUUCAAAACAAUCGCUAUUUAAAAGUUUCGAAGAUGGUUGACGCAGUUCGCCCUGGUUGGCGGGAAACUAUUUACAGAACGUUGCUGCCACUCUGGAACUCUCGAACAGAAAUACCAACGGAAACUCAAACGAACGAACCACAGCCACAAAUAAUAUAAAACAGCUACAAUACCCAGAAUCGCGAGUCACGGUAUCCACUACUCUACCGUGGAGGACGGCGGAGGAUCCUCGGUGGAUUUGCAUCGCGCUAUCUUGCGUACCGACAGAGCUUUGUCGAAAAACGGAUUAAUCUUUCCGGAUGGCAAAGGUUCCGUUCGAGAACGGCGAGGCUUGCGCUGUGGACAAUACCCGAACUGUGACCGGUACAGGAACGAAAGACGCGGUUUUUCUGACUAAAACUAAACGCGGUCGUGUUGAGCCGAUUUUUCUCUUUGCUCUAUCGAAGCGAUUAAAAGCGGUUUUGCGUUUCGUUGGACUUUAGGAUAUGAGAGAACUACAACUUAACCUUUUUCUCUGUCUAUUGUGAUAAACGUAGCGUUGUGUUUCAAUCUGUGUUCCGUACGUUCGUACAUUAUAGGAUCUUGAUGCGAUGAUAUUAGAGAGCGAUUGGGAGAGCGCGCGGCGGAAGCGAGUUAAAGGACGUGGCCUCAGGGUGGAGUUGGAAGAAUAGAAUAUAAUGUGAUAAAGGUUAGCCCGCGGGAAGACAAUUCGUAGCUUCGUGGUCUGACGAUGGGACAGAAAGAGCGGUAACGAACGACACCAACAAGAAAACCCAAAAAAAAAGAGUUUUUAAACGGCCAAACGGAACCGCUCGCACUAUUUCAUUCGAUCGAUUUCUCUACGCUUUUGGACGGUUUUAAAUAAAAAUUUGUAACGAUCGAAGGAAGCUAUAGUUUGUCGCGCCAUGUGUAGUGGAGUUGCUGGAUGACGGCUACGUAAAGGCGGAAGAAACGAAUAUCGUAAGGACUCUAGGUUCACUAGAUCACCGCUACUUAUCCAGCGAUCAAUGGGUUGUGCAAUCAGGAACACAAACGACUCUCCGGUUUUGGUGUUCACUGAAGGAAAACUAAUUCAGCACUUAUGGCCUAUGUUACUCGUUUGGAGGAGGGCUGUUAAACGGGGUCCCCAUAUCGUCAUGCCCUAGAGCAGUGUUGGGCCCCAUAGGAUGAUUUCAUGUAGUAGACUUAGUUAAUGUAAACCAUUUCGAACAGAAUUCCUUCGGUGCUGCUCGCGAGCGGCGAGACGAGACGCGGCUCGCUCGUUUUAGGUGUAAUAUCGGUUUUGUUUAGUUGCGUUUGCUGAGUUUUUGGCGCGAAAACGAACGCGAUGCGCAGCGAUGGCACACAAUACAAAUAUCCUUCUCCAGUUCUCUC